GAUAGAAUCAAGCUCACCAUGGGAAACAAAAUGGCGAACGAUAAGGACGUCCAGCGUGAAAAUGACCCUGAAGAUGAGCCUGAAGCAGAGCCUGACGAGGAGGAGGAAGAGGUGGAUAUAGUGGAUCCAGUUGAAGAGUUGCGGGAAGCUUGUGGGUCAUCAGAGCAGGCCCAGCGGGUACAGCAGAUCCUUGAAACCUGUACUGAGCGUGUCAACUCACGCAGCAACACUGCAGAAACAUGCCACGAGGAACUCAUUGACUAUCUGCAAAUUGUCGACUCUUGUGUAUCCAAAACACUGUUUCAUAAGUUAAAAUAACCAGGAAAAGCAUAGGACCUUAUUUAUAAUUGACAACAUGUAACAUAGUGGGAAGAGCAACACAAUUUUGGACAACUAGAACUGAACAUGUUUAAGUGUGUGUGUGUCUGAAAUAGGAAGUACUUUGCAUUGUUUGGUCGUCAUUUUAUUAUUAAACAUAAAAAUGUC